AUGCCCUUGAGACAGUCCACUGUUCCCAAUUUAGAUCUAAGCUCUUUCACCCUGCAGACCAAUGCGAAGAUCUCGUCUCCACUGACACCCGGUGCCCAAAGCUCCGAUGGGCCGAGUCCCCUGACACCCCGUUCUCCUAAGUCUGCAUCUAGUUCACCCUUCUUCAAGGGGACCACGAUUCGACCUGUCACCCAAGAAUCCAAUUGCAAGUCAAACAGCCCAACCUUUCCAGGGUCGCCUGCCUUUUCGUGUGCACCUGAACCCAUCACCCCCGGCGUCACUGCGAUUCCUCAAUACCCCCCCUCCCCUAGAGGCUCUCCUAAACAUACCCGUGAUACUUCACGGUCCUUUUUCGCGAACCUCAAAGCACCCAAGUCUUCUCAUAGGACGCAAAGGUCGGACGGUUCCGGAAACUCAGGGGACAACUCCAAGAGCCGUGGUAGCUCGAGGGACCGCAAAACACAAAUAUCAUCCAAGCAAUACGAAUCAACGCCGGAUCUCCCUGGGCUGAUCCAAGCAGCAGAGCAAGAGAACAACGGUGAAUCUUCUGCAGACAAAGGUCCCCAGACGUCGACACUCAAGAAAGUAGGCACAGACAUUGAGGCUGGAUCCACCCUCAGAAAGAAGCAACCGCGCUUUGCCAACCUUCUUUCGCGAUCUCGCUCAAUCAGACUGGACGAUUCCUCGGCGAACAGGAUAGUUAGACGCCCAUCAACCGGCCUGAUGAAGCUUGAGGAAAGCAUCUCGCGGGAGGCACAGGAACCCACCAAGGCCUCAACGUCGCGCUAUGAACGCCCGGUUAGGGCAACAGGAAAUUCUGCGGUUCGCAACUAUUCCGUCGACCGCUCAGCAGAAAUCGGCAGUGGUUCCAUCAGGAAAGAGAGAAGCCAUGGAUCGAUGGUCCCAUCGGGCUCCUUAAGUCAGGUGUCGGGUGCUUCCGCGGCGCUAUUCAACAACAUCAAGCAGUCUUCGACCGGCGCCGCAGACCGUCUUGGCAAGGCAGGAAAAGGAUUCUUUGGCAAGAUUACUCGGAGUGGCAGCACAAAUGAGCGGGAGCUGAUCACUGACGACAACUAUAUAUGCUCUGUCAUCAACUUACCCCUCAUUGAACAAGCGCGACGAACUCGCAUCGCAAAGCGGCUCGAGGAUUGCCGUGACAAGACGGAGUUUUGGAUGCCAGCUUUGCCGUAUCGUUGCAUUGAUUAUCUCAACUUCAAGGGUUGCGAGGAGGAGGGGCUGUACCGUGUCCCUGGUAGUGGAAAAGAAGUAAAACACUGGCAAAAACGGUUCGAUACCGAACUCGACAUUGAUCUCUUCGACGAGCCUGACCUGUAUGACAUCAACACUAUUGGAUCUAUGUUUAAGGCCUGGCUGCGCGAAUUGCCCGAUGAGCUUUUCCCCAAAGACACGCAAGCUAUGAUCGCUGAAAAAUGCGAGGGAGCCACCACCGCUCCGCAAAUGCUGAAGGAUGAGCUCUCGAAGCUGCCACCGUACAACUACUACCUUCUCUUCGCCAUUACCUGCCACCUAAAUCUCCUGCAUUCCUAUGUCGACCAAAACAAGAUGGACUAUCGCAACCUUUGCAUAUGCUUCCAACCCUGUAUGAAAAUCGACGCUUUCUGUUUCCAUUUUCUUGUCUGUGACUGGAAGAAUUGCUGGCAGGGCUGCUGGACAGAGAAAGAGUUCGCUCAAGCGGAGAAAGAAAUGGAUGAAAAGGAAGCGGCAGCACAGUCAAAGGAUGACUCCGACUCUGAAUCCCAACAGCAUUCAGCCAUCGACGAGAGAGCCAUCUCUUCUUCUGGUAGCAGCCAACAUGCGCCCGAAGAAGAGCUGCCUCGUCCCGAAACAUCCAAGGGCCGUAAGCCCAAACCCAAGAAAAUUGAAACCGCCCAUACGAGGAGUAUCUCUCAGCUUCCCGAAUUGGGUCCUCCUCUUUCCCCAAUCCAAAUCUAA